AUCUUCAAUACCGAGACACGUCGUUUCUUGCUGAGUUCACGGUGCCGCAGUUUCACUUUCACGCCGGACGGCUCCUGCGCAGACGCGGCGCAGACGAUGCGCAGACGCUGCGCAGUUUAAAUGUCCGCAGACGCGCUUAUUGUCUCCGCAGGCAGAGACGCGCUCGAGGGCUGCGCAGGUUGCCAGAGCAAACACCGCGACCGAGCAGUGACAAGCGGAAUGGCGCAGCCCUCGGAGUCCUGGACGUUUUUCAAGCGGAGAAAGGGAAGCACAAGUCGCCCACAACUCGCCAAAUAAUAAACGCUGAAGCUGGAGGUAUAAAGGAGCUAUAGGAAUGGCCGAUCCUCUGCGGAGGACAAUACUGGCAAAACUUCGGGGGAAGAAAUCCAGGAAAGCGGCCGCAGUCGGGGGCUUCGGCGUCGCAACUUUUGUGGAUAACCGAGAAGGUAAAGACGGAGUUUUGUGCGGUGUUGAUGAGCAAACACCGGACAAAAUUAUCACUGAAUUAAAUGCUUUGCCAGACAUCAUGAGAGAUAAAGAGGGCUGCCUUAACAUAGCGUUUGAAAGCGGGGCAGUGAGAUCGAAUUGCGAAAACGCCGUGGUUAAAAAUGUGUCGCCCCGGGACGUUACUUGCGUGCAUUUAAACGUAGGAUCGGGCGAUUAUGCUCGGUGGGGCACGGACUUAAAUCUUACGGGUCGAGUUUAUAAGAGACGCCUGGGGAUCUCUGAUCGGAACGAAAUGCAGACUCGGGCGAGCCGCGGUAACCGGAUUAACUAUUUUAAUGAGCUGGAGUUAGAUCUCUCCAAAGAUGCAUGCCCUGAGUCGUCCGAAAUUAUGCGGGAUAACAGCCAGCCACUUUAUCCGAGCGGACCUCCAGGACAAAUACUAGAUUUAGACGGGGUAGGAUUGUGUAGGGAGUUAACUCCGGUCCAAACAACCUAUCGCUAUGUUGAAAUGAGUGGAAACGAUGGUAAAGAGAGCGGGGUGGAUGUGCAUCAACAGUGUGGGAAGCAUCAGGGGAAUCCGGAGGCUUCAAAUGCUGAGAAAGAUGCAGACUUACUUUGUAAUCUCCCUCAAAUGCCCUACACCGAUAUUUCUAUAAACGGGGCACAGAUAUAUCAGUUUCUUGCUGUCGGUACGGUAGCUGAGAACCACCAAGUCAGUAAUAAUCCAUCGGGAGACUACAGUGUGAGAAGUUUGCAGAACACAAGACUGUUUCCAACCGAUUUGUUUGUAAGCGAUAAAAAUGUGGACUCAGAAACAGACGGGACCGAGGCAGAAAUGCAGUGGCGAAAUUUGGUCGGCAGUGAUGAUGGGGAUUACUACGACAACGAAAAUCUCCCGUUUUAUGAUCCACUAUUAUGCGCAGCUUCCGGGCCAAAUUCAGACCAAGUCGAGAUGAAUCGGACACAAGCAGAAACGGACGGGUAUAAGGUGCAUGAAAGCUACAUUGUAAGGACCCAGUUUAAGGAAGCGUGUGUUCUGCUUAUAAGUGCGAUGCAAGGCAUUCAUUUGGAUAAUGAAGUUGCUGUCAAUGGAUUUGGAUGCCAUGUAAGUCCUACUAGUUGUGACUCCCAGGAGAGUCUCUGCUCAGAAGUAUCUUCUAAAGUGGUAGAUUGUGAUACAUUCGCCUCUGGAGAGGCCGUUCCCCCUGAGUCCCACUCUGUAGGCUUUUACGAUGGUGAAAACGGCAACUUGUGUCUCAGAAGGUCCUCAGCCAGCAAGAGCUUUGAACUCUUGCCCACUGAGAGUCCUCCACCUUUGAGAAGGUCCGUAAGUGAUGGAGUGAUCGAAUGCCACCAAAAUCAAUAUUGUCGCCUUGAACGCAAAGCCCCUUUAGCCCUCAUGAGAGAGAGUGACUGGGGGAUGCCUAGCGGCAUUGUCAGCCUCGCGAAUCAGGUUCCAUUUGAUGGCGAAGGUGGUGACAGUCUUCUCUUGGAGAUGAGGGAUAAUUGCCCAUUGAAUGAAACCAGUGGACCAGUGAACGGUGCAAAAAGCCAGGGCACAGAGCACGGCUUCUUGACCACCCAAGAUGUCUUGAAACCCAACGGGGUGACGGUCAACAAGAUUCAGGAAUGGAUGCAGAAGGGACGCAUGCUCUCCUCUGAGAUGAGGCACCGCAUCACCGGUUCUGCUCUCCACGAGGUCUGCGGUGACUCUCCCCUCCAGCGUUCUUGCCCCGGUUUCUUGAACAGGGCAAAAGCGGAGCCCCGGGUGACCGGAUCACAGAAAUGCAGAACCGUGGCUCGUGGCCAGGGAACCCGACAGCCAGCCUAUAUUAAAAAUGCUCGCAGUUCCGUCACAGACACUCAGGAGGCGAUAGUGAGCAGACAUAAUGAAACGAACGAGAAGCUGCGGCUGUUGACCGCCAUCACGGUCUCCAAGAAACGUCACUGGUUCCAGCAUAGUACGUCCAAGAACCCCGUUUUGGAGGAAGGUAGCGUUUCUGUGGAGUCCGACGUUACCCCCAUCGGCUCUGAGCCUGAAGACAGCCAGCCGGCACCAACAUCCCUCCACAAAGCUCCCCACCUUCAGCCAGCCAGUGCCAACUCCGACCCCCAGCGGGGAAAGGCCGCUGAUCAGGCUGGGGACAGUGGCGGCCACGUGGAUGAGGAAGGCGGUGAGAUCUGGUACAACCCGAUUCCAGAAGACGAGGAUCCCACGCUUGUUGGUGGCCCUGCCAAUGUGGACAGUGUCCGUCACUCUCAGGAGGGCUGCAGCUGCGAGAAGAGGCUCGCAAACGGCUCACUCCUCGUGGAACCUGCUGAGCUGCGCAGGCGCAUCCUCACUCGCAGAUCUGCAGAGGACAGCCUUCCUCCCAAAGUCACAGCUCCAGAUGGCAUCGAGGCUGGUGUCUCGCCUCCUGCCAGCCCCAACCCCUGGAAGAAAGGGGGCUCCAUCAACUGGUCCUUUCCGGACAGGAUCAAGUCUCCGCGCACAAUGAGGAAACUGUCCAUGAAGAUGAAGAAGCUUCCGGAGCUCAGCAGGAAGCUGAAUGUGAAAGGGGUCUCCAGCAGCCAAACUGAUCCGCUGUACUCGUCCCCAAAGGUCACCCGGAGGCUGGAGGGCGGCCAUUCCCACCUCUCUCCUGGGGGUGGCCAGACUGCCAGAAACGUCAUCUCCCGUUAUCACCUUGACAGCAGUGUUUUCACUCGGAACAACUACAGCCAGAAGAUCCGGAGCGGCUCCAAGGCGGCCAGCAAGGGCGGCUACCUCAGCGACGGAGACUCCCCAGAGCUGGUCACUAAGUCAGGGAAACAAAGGAACAAGGACGGCCCAACAAGCAACGGCUCCAAACUCCAUGGCCCGGAGAUGGACGUCAACUCCUUCCGGCACUAUAGCUUCUCAGCUCAGCCCAAGUGUAGCCAGUACAUUUCAGGCAUCAUGAGCCUCCACUUCUUUGGGGCAGAGGAUCUGAAGCCUCCUCGCGUCGACUCGCGCAGUGUCUACUGUGCCAUCCAGGUGGACUCUGUCAACAAGGCCCGCACAGCCCUGCUGACGUGCAAGACGGCCUUCCUGGACAUGGACCAUGCCUUCAACAUCGAGCUAGAGAACGCCCAGCAGCUGAAGUUGGUGGUAUUCAGCUGGGAGUCCAGCCCACGCCGGCACCGCGUCUGUUGCCACGGCACUGUGGCAUUACCCACACUCUUCAGGGUCACCAGGUCCCACCAGCUGGCCGUCCAGCUUGAGCCACGCGGAGUGAUCUAUGUCAAGCUUGGCCUGAUAGAGCGCUGGCCCAACUCGCUGGAUGCCCCCGACGGAGGGCAGGAGCCACGGGUCUUCCGGGUGGAUGCCAGCCUGGUGGUGGAACAGGAGGCCAGUGGCUUUAUGGUGCCCCUGGUCGUCAAGAAAUGCAUCACAGAGAUCGAGAAGAGGGGCUGCCAGAUGGUCGGCCUGUACCGCCUUUGUGGUUCUGCGGCGGUCAAAAAGGAACUACGGGAGGCUUUCGAGCGAGACAGCCAGGGCGUGGUUCUCUCUGAAGAUCGAUACCCAGACGUCAACGUCAUCACUGGCGUCCUCAAAGACUACCUGCGGGAGCUACCGACGCCCCUCAUCUCAGACCGCCUCUACGAGGCCGUCCUUGACGCCAUGGCCAAACGGCCUCUGAAGAUCGGUGCCAUGGGCUGCGAAAACGACCCGGUGGACUCCCAGCAUGCCACGGGGCUGCUCGCCCACCUGCCGCCGGUGGAGAAGGCCACCCUCCAGAUGCUGUUGGACCACCUGAAGCUGGUGGCCUCCCACCAGGACGUGAAUAGGAUGACCUGCCAGAACCUGGCCGUCUGCUUCGGACCGGUGCUGCUGGGCCAGAGGCAGGAGGCCGCCUGCCGCACCAACCGCACGUUUGCCGACUGCGAGGAGCUGGCCAGCGCCCUGCACUUCAAGAAGCACAUCGAGGUUCUGCAUUACCUGCUGCAGCUGUGGCCAGUGUUGGACCCGAACAAGACCCCGAGUCCACAGGAGGAGGAGGAGGUGUCACCGACCUCACAGUGCAUCCGCAGGAGGAAGGACCGUCCACAGGCCCUGAACCUCAGCGAGGCGGAGAUGGCCGGAGUGCUGCGGCCCAAACCGGGCCGCCUUGACAGCCCCAGCAACCGCUACGCCGGAGACUGGAGUCUCUGCCGGGACAGCUACCUCCAGCCCUCCAAGGAGGGUCAUGGGGAGGACGCCGACUACGACAACGUGCCCUGGGAGGAGGAGGGGACCUCAGAGGAGGGCAAGGCUGCAGAGGAGGAUGAGGUGGAUGACAUGGAAGUGGAGGAGAAGACCUCCCUGCCCGACGAACCGGACAGUAACAUUUUGUCGACCCCGAACGAUCUAACCAAAGAUAAUGACUAUCAAGGCUACAUGAAGAUUCGCGAAAUGAACUCGGUCUUGAACAACACGCUGAACCUCAACGAGCUGCAGCAGAGCAUCGACAACCUGAUCGGCAGCUUGGAAAGGGAACUGAACAAGAACAAACUGGCCGUGGGUUACUGACUUAGACCCCCUCCCCGAUGACGUGUCGGAGGGACCUGACCCACCUCUGCUGGUUCCCGUAGCUUUUUCCUUUCCCCCCGGUGAAUGAUCCCUUUUGUUUUGGUGCUUUUCUUCCUAUUUAGGUUGAAUCCCAAAAAGCUGUAAAAGCACCUUAAUUUUUGCAAGGCGGUGCUCAUUUAACCGAUGACAUGAUUCGAAGCCUGGCACUUAUGAAGGUACAUUCUCAAGAAGCUGAAGGAGACGUGGAUUAUGGCCAAAGCUGCUUGAAGAAAGUCUCUACGCUGGGCGAGCUUCGAUGCUUGAAUCACUACGGGGGCCAACCGGGUUCGGACCUGAUCUGGGUCUGGAGCGCCAGUUUACCUACGUGUUUAAAUUUUAAUGCAUGAUACAUUGACUUAGACAGACUCUCUGUAGCUGUUCGCAUGAAUUACGGUACGUGUCAUAUGGGAAGAAAUGUCCGUUUUCGUCUUAAAUGCUGAACUUGAACUUGUAAUCUACGGCAAGUCGUUGGCGCCACUUGGGCAUGCGUGGUUUCCGAUGGCGGUAAAUGGAGAAACGGUCACUUACUGUGAAACUGUUACAGGUUUUUUAGAAACCAGGUCUGACCUCUACUGCAGUGACCUUGCUUGCUAUAGAACAGUAACUGUCCAGUGUUCAAUAUUUAACAUGUAGGUAUUUGAAGAAUGUUAAUCUGAUUUCAGAUAUAUAUGGUACGUGCAUUCAUAUUUUAUCUCAUUCAAAGAUAUUGUAAUAAUAGUAUUGAACUGAUUGAUCGUCAGACUUCCUGUACAUUAAUGUAAAGACAAGUUAUGUUUAUAAGCAGUUUACGGACCUUAGUGUACUAUUUCAACCUCAGAGAUCUACACAUAUCAUUUAUUUUUAUUUGUAUAUAUAUUUGGUACAUUGCAGACUUGUAUUUCUGUUUAAGGACUCUGAAUUAUGCUUGAGUGUAAGUAAAUCCCAAGGAUAAGAGUAUGGGUACAUUUAUCAUUUUCCUGUCUUAUUUGUUAGAGGAGAGAAAUUAACCUUAGUUGGGUGCUGCUGUUGCAGCUUAGAUCCUGCAUCUGAGUAGAUCCAGGGGUGUUAAAGGGGAACCCUUUGUUCAGAUCCGGACAGUGUUUUCACUACAGAAGGCAGCCAAACGGCGGUCAGAUGUGCCCUUAUCGUAGGGACACAACCGCACGCUGGGAUGGAGGUGAUGUCAAGCGGCAGAAUCGAGGUCACCUGCCCUCUGCUUCCUGUCAGGAACAGAGGCUUUACAGCCAUUUGAUGCUGUUGAAAUUAUGCCGAGUGAAAAGGGGGCUGUCAUUGCGGGGGUGGCAGAAAUCCGUGCUCAUUAAUUAUGUGUCCUGCAGUGUUUGUUAGUCUCAUGACGUGACUGUGUUUUCCUCCAGGAAAUGUGCGUUAAGCGGAUGGUAACUUAUUAAUUUAUUUUUGUAAAACGUAUAUUAUAGCAUGUUGUCUUCUGCAUGUAGGCCUUGUGAGUAUGAAUGUUGAGAUGUUGCAUCCGGGAAAUGUAUUGUCGAAUUAAAGUUUAUAAUUGUCGAAUCA